CUUUCUUCUUCUUCAUCUUCUUCGUCCAAAUAAAGGAUUUGCUGUAAAAUCUACAGAUAUUGGUUAUUUUUGGCAUAUCACAGAUUUCCAUCAUGACCCAUGGUAUGGAAGAAAGCUAGAUGAAAAAGAUUACUAUCUGGGUGAAUAUGACCAGGGAUGUUGGACCGAGAAAAGAGGAACUUUUGGAGAUUAUAAUUGUGAUGCACCAGAUACACUCAUAAAGUCAGCUGUGGAGUUUAUCACAGAUUUUAAUGAAACCAAGUUCAACCUAGAAGAUAAUUCAAGUUUCAUCUUUUGGACCGGGGAUAACACUGCUCAUGCUGAAAAUUCAUUUUUUAAUGAAACAUUGGUUCUUGAUUCAAUAGAUUUCAUUGUAAAACAGUUGGUCUCAACAGGAAAAAUUGUAUUUCCCGUUCUGGGAAAUCAUGAUGUUCAUGAAAAAAAUCAGAUGCCGGAAGGAGAAGAUUACUAUACUAAGUAUAAAGAUAUUCUAGAACAGUUCCCGCGUCUCAACCAGUCCUCAAUACUUCAAGAUAUUCAACAAAAAGGAGGAUAUUUCUCUGUCGGCCCAGAUACAAAUAUUAUUGAUUUUAAGCUUAGAAUAAUUGGAUUAAACUCUAAUCUCUGGUAUCAAAGCAAUCAUCUUGUUUCUGAUAAACCAGAUCCUGCUGAUCAAUUCAGAAAUUUUGAAGAAGAAUUAAAAUCUGCUCGAGAGAAUAAAGAAAGAGUACUUAUAUUCUCUCAUAUCCCACCUGGGAAAUUUGAAAGAUUUUACCAGAAAAUGACCGAAGUUGAUUAUUCUGGGUACCACUGGAUGUAUGAGAGGUUUAACAAGAGGUAUCUGAACAUAAUAGAAGAAUUUUGGGACAUCAUUGAACUGCAGCUGUUUGCCCAUCAUCAUACUGACAGUUUCAAAGUAUUUCGAGGACUAAAUGGAACCCCUAUCAGUGUAGGUCUUGUUGCCCCUGGAUUGACUCCCUGGAACUCUACACUAGCCCCUGAAACAGGGGCGAAUAAUCCAGGACUCAGGUUGUUUAAAUACAGCAAAAACGAUGGAAGGGUUCUGGACUUCUCUCAGUUUUAUCUGAACCUCACCCAGGCAAAUGAGAUUGGAAAAGCUCACUGGGAGCUUGAGUAUUCAUUCCUGGACUUCUACAAUAUCAGUGAUUUAUCUGCCCUCAGUGUUGCUUCUUUACUUGAAAGGAUGAAAACUGAUGACAAGCUGUUUAACCAAUACUAUUCCCUCAAUACUGUCAUGUUUGAAUCAGAAAAGGAUGCAGAGGAAAACUGUGAUGCAACCUGCAGACGAUACCAUUACUGUGCACAAAGUGAGCUUGAUUAUUCAAGUUUUGAAACUUGUAUCAGUUCUACAUCAAAGGGGGAUUCUCCUUCUAUCUCAAUAGAAUUGAUCAGUGCUUUUGUCCUUAAUGUGUUUUUAGUAUUUAAUAGUUAUUCCAAAAUAUUUUUGUAAGUAUUUAACUGAAAUUAAAUACACUAUAAAAUGUAGCAAAGCCUACAGAAUUACCAGUAAACAUGGAAAUUUAAUGAUAACCGUAAAGCGUCUUUGAUCUUUAAUACCUAAUAAAGGAUACAAGUAUAUAUCUUUUUUUUUGAUCAACUUAAAGACAGAUUCUAUAAAUGAUGAAAUUCCACACUGAAUACACUAUAACUUCAACAUAAGCGAGAUCUUCAUUUUAUGUGGCAUCACUUGUGCGCCUUUGAAACCUUGUAAUUCCUCAUCUUUUAUGUUCUUUUACGCAAAGAGUAAAUAGAUCAAAUUAUUUUGGUUGUAUUUAAAUUUAUAUUAUUUCAUCAAAACUUCUUUAGUAAAAUGAGUUGAAUUAAAAAAGAGGAGAUUUCAAACUAAAAUUAAUGUGAAUAGUACACGGUAGACUAAGCCAG